AUGUCAGAAGUUCCAAAAGACUCUUCAAAAACUGAUUCAAAAACUGAUUCAAAAACCACUCCUAAAGUUGAUCCAAAUAUUCAACAAGAAGUUGAUAAAGUAAAUUUUACUCAGGGUUCAAUUAAUGAAUAUAAAUUUUAUCCAGAUAAUCCAACAUCAGAAUAUAAUAUUCAAAAUUUUGCAAAUAAAGGACCAUCAAAAUUUUAUGAUCCAUGUUCACAAACUUCUGCAAUGAGUAUUAAAUGUCUUGAACAAAAUAAUUUUGAUAGAAGUAUGUGUACUGAAUAUUUUAAAGCUUAUAGAGAAUGUAAAAAAGAAUGGAUGGCAAGAAGAAGAGGUGAUAAAAUGACUGAUAGAGCAUGGUAA